CGACUACCUGCAUUUGCUUCAUCUAUUUUAUUCAUCUCGGAUCCCUUCAAAAGAGCGAGCAAAGACACCAGGACGGAUUCGUCGUGCAAUUGAAUACAAGUGGAAGAAAUUGGAAGUUGCUCUGCUACCCACACCAAGGUGGACUCCUAAUGCGAUGGACCUCAACAGGGUUGGGGUAAAGUUUAAGAGGAAGGAACGGGCAGACAGUUUCUUGAACAUAACAUUCAAGAAGAGGCCGCUGCUAUGCCUCUCGUGGUUGUGUUUCAUGUUUAAAAGUGGAUGGAUGGAGAUACCACCACUACAGAUCUAUCACUAUACUAGUCAUCUUUUCCGAAACCUCAUGGCUUUCGAACAAUGCUAUCCUAAAACUGGGAUGUACAUCAUGACAUAUGUUUUCUUUAUGGAUGGCAUCAUCGACCAGGCUGAGGACGUGCGGUUGCUCCGCUUGGAACGCAUAUUACAACACAAAUUGAGCAAUGAUGCGGCGGCAGCAGAACUCUUCAAUCAACUGGGCAGUCAAAUACAAUUUGAUUGGAAAAGUAACUACCUUGAAAAAGAGAUUGCUGAAGUAAUUUAUAGAGUAGAUAAGUUUUAUGAAUUCAAAUGGCACGAAUGGUUUUCUGGGCUGAGGCGAGACUAUUGUGGCAAUCCAUGGACUAUAAUUUCAGUGUUAGCAGCUGCUGCUAUUCUCUUGCUGACUGUUGGGCAGGCAGUAUUUUCUGCUAUGUCCUACGUUCAUUCUUCAUAGGUGUUAUUAGCCUGGUCUGCUAUGCAAGCAUGGAUCAGAGAUGGAUAUAUAUAAUGGAAGGGUGAGGUAGUAUAGAUAAAUGCGGUUGGCUAUGUUGUUGACCUCAUAAAAAAUAUUUUGCUGCGAUGUAUCAUGCUUGGUAUUUAAUUUGCCAGGAAGUUAGGCAAUGCCUGUAAC